AUGGAUCAGAACAACAGCCUCCCACCUUAUGCCCAGGGCCUGGCCUCCCCUCAGGGUGCCAUGACUCCUGGAAUCCCUAUCUUUAGUCCAAUGAUGCCUUACGGCACAGGACUGACUCCACAGCCUAUUCAGAACACCAACAGUCUGUCUAUUUUGGAGGAGCAGCAACGGCAGCAGCAGCAGCAGCAGCAGCAGCAGCAGCAGCAGCAGCAGCAGCAGCAGCAGCAGGCGGCAGUGGCAGCUGUCCAGCAGUCGACGUCCCAGCAGGCAACCCAGGGGCCCUCGGGCCAGACGCCACAGCUCUUCCACUCACAGACUCUUACGACUGCACCCUUGCCGGGCACCACUCCCCUGUAUCCCUCCCCCAUGACCCCCAUGACCCCCAUCACCCCUGCCACGCCAGCCUCAGAGAGCUCUGGGAUCGUGCCGCAGCUGCAAAAUAUUGUAUCCACAGUGAAUCUUGGUUGUAAACUUGACCUAAAGACCAUUGCACUUCGUGCCCGAAAUGCUGAAUAUAAUCCCAAGCGUUUUGCUGCUGUAAUCAUGAGAAUAAGAGAGCCCCGGACCACUGCACUGAUAUUCAGUUCUGGGAAGAUGGUGUGCACAGGAGCCAAGAGUGAAGAACAGUCUAGACUAGCAGCAAGAAAAUAUGCCAGAGUUGUACAGAAAUUGGGUUUUCCAGCUAAGUUCUUGGACUUCAAGAUUCAGAACAUGGUGGGGAGCUGUGAUGUGAAGUUCCCUAUAAGGUUAGAAGGCCUUGUGCUUACCCACCAACAGUUCAGUAGUUAUGAGCCAGAGUUAUUUCCUGGUUUAAUCUACAGGAUGAUCAAACCGAGAAUUGUUCUCCUUAUUUUUGUUUCUGGAAAAGUUGUAUUAACAGGUGCUAAAGUCAGAGCAGAAAUUUAUGAAGCCUUUGAGAACAUCUACCCUAUUCUGAAGGGUUUCAGGAAGACAACGUAA